UCGCGAGGCAAGUGGAAAUCAGCCAAUCGCGAAUCUCGCGCGGGAAGAAACGCGUGACGCGAAGACGAAGGAUUCGAGCCGCGCCGAAUCGUCUGAAUCAUGCAGCUGCAUAGGGACGCGCCCAAGGUUCGCGUACUCGCGUCGUCGCGAAUAGUAUUGUUUUUGUUUAGGCGUGUUUGAGAGAGAUGAGAUCUUAUACCGUGCGCCGCUGGCACGGUCUCUCGAAGUGAAUCGCGUGAAUCGCGCGUCGACCGAUCCACCGAGACGAGAGAACGAACGAGAGAUUGUGAGAGAUAAGGAGAAAAAGAAUUAUCUCGUCUCGAAGAGAAAAAAACGUGCCCUGUUAGCAUUGUUAGCAAGCUUCCGCCGAUGUUUGGCCGGAGGGUCGGAGGGUACGAAAUUCGGACGAAUCGACCCCGCAAAUUAAUUCGCGAGCGAGAGAGAGAAUGACGCGCCCUGCCAGGAUGCUCGUCGCACGAGUUGCGCUCGACCUCGCGCAUUUUUCAAGACUCGGCCGUGCUUUAUGAGGAGCAAUUAAUCUUAUCUGAGGUAACAUAGUACGGCAAACAGCAAACACUCGCCUGGAUUUCCCCUCGCUCUCUCGUUUAUGGCAAGGCGAGGGGAUUUGAAGGGGAUUUUUACAAUUAGAUAGAGCACGCAACGCGCAAUCCUGCGCGCGGUGAACGUGGAGAGAGAUUAACACCAAGACGUCCAAGAUGUAUCACGUUCUCGAGCUGAUCGUGAAUAGCGCUUUGCUAUGGAUAUUCCUGGAGACCGCGAUGAGCGGGCUGGUCACCGUCCUGUAUGAGUUUUCCGUUCCCUGGAUCGUUUGGGGCUCGUUGAUUGUCGUGGUAGCGCUGAAAUUGACCCGAGUGUCCCCUCCGCCCGUCGGCACCGUGCAAGAGGUGCUCGGCGUGAAUCCGCUCCUCCUGGGCAGAGAUAGCUCCGUGCCUGAAAACCACGGUAACGGAGAGCAAUAUUGCAUGCGAGUGGUGGCCCACCGUGGUGGAGGAUACGAUUAUCCCGAGAACAGUUUGUUGGCUUUCCGAAAUAGCAAAGGAAAGGGUUGUACUGCAGUUGAGCUUGAUUUACGACUAACGAAAGAUAACAUUCCAAUAACGUUCCAUGACCCGACAAUCGAAAGACUCACAGGCCAGAUGGGCACGAUUAGUGAAAUGACAUGGGAAGAAUUGAAGGAGUUUGACAUAACUUACAAUCACCCACUUAAGAACAAAUUUUCCGAAGGCGAGAAGAUCGCCCUGUUCCACGACGCGCUGCAGGAAUGCCUGAACAGCGAGCAAAGAAUAAUUAUAGACAUAAAAGAGACGAGGAUGGACGUUGUGCAAAUCGUUCUAGACGCGUACGAGAAAUAUCCAAAAUUGUUCCAGAGAGGCGUCGUGUCGAGUUUCAAUCCGAUCGUAGUGUACAUGAUUAGGAAGAAAGAGCCGCGUAUUGUCUCGAGUCUCGCUUGGAGGCCAUAUUUUUUCUCGAGAGCGUCGUACGCCGGUCUGGAAGCACCCGGCCCGGCACGGUACCGCAAUCCUUUUAAGCAUUUGGCAGCUUGCAUUUUGGAGAUUUUGUACGAGUGGCUGCUACCGCGCUUUGUCUACUAUAUCGUUGGCGUCUCGGCUGUGCUGUUGCACAAGGAUAUAGUAAAUCCACGCGUAAUAGAACGAUGGCGCGAGCGCGGUGUUCGCGUGAUGGCGUGGACGGUAAAUCGACCGACGGAGAAAACGCAUUUCUCGAGGUUCCUCAAAGUCACUUAUCUAACCGACACGCUACAUCUAGAGAAGGACAUGUAGUAAAUGUCCGAUAUAUUUUUGUUCAGUAUUAAAUUUCAAAGACUUUUGUACCAUACAGCCUGGCAUUAUGCACGUACAAAUUUUUCUACUUUCGAUUAUGUAGAUUAUAUAUCGUAACAUCAGCUAUCUAGUCGGGUCGUAAAAAAAAUUGACAUAACGACUUAUAUUACUUUUAACAUAGAUUAUAAGGCACUUAUUUUAUAAUGUCUUAUACAAGACGCCUAUGUAUGUGCAAAUAGCGAUAAUAAAAUUACUCGUUACAUUGAGGGGAUUUAAA